GGUGCGAGCGCGGAGCGGGGCCUGGGCAGCAGCGGGACCGUAGGACCUCGCGCUGCGUUCGCGGGCUCCGGGGCGGGGGCGGCGGCGGCAAAGCCCCCUCCCCGGGGAGGCGGGGCCUGGGCGAGCUCCCCAGAGGGGGAGCGGCGGCGGCCGGGAAGGAUGCAUCAGAAGCUACUGAAGAGCGCGCAUUACAUAGAGCUGGGCAGCUACCAGUACUGGCCGGUCCUGGUGCCCCGCGGCAUCCGCCUCUACACCUACGAGCAGAUCCCUGUGUCCCUCAAGGACAACCCGUACAUCACCGACGGCUACCGGGCCUACCUGCCCUCCAGGCUGUGUAUCAAAAGUUUGUUUAUUUUAUCUAAUGAGACAGUAAACAUCUGGAGUCAUUUGCUGGGUUUUUUUCUCUUCUUUACCCUGGGAAUAUAUGAUAUGACAUCAGUGUUACCUUCGGCAAGUGCGUCCAGAGAAGAUUUUGUAAUUUGUUCUAUUUGUCUUUUCUGCUUCCAGGUCUGUAUGCUUUGCUCUGUGGGCUAUCAUCUUUUUUCCUGCCAUCGAUCAGAAAAAACCUGUCGAAGAUGGAUGGCAUUAGAUUAUGCGGGAAUUUCUAUUGGAAUACUGGGAUGCUAUGUCUCUGGGGUAUUUUAUGCAUUUUAUUGUAAUAACUAUUGGCGUCAAGUGUACUUGAUCACAGUGCUCGCUAUGAUCCUGGCAGUGUUCUUUGCGCAGAUCCAUCCCAAUUACCUCACGCAGCAGUGGCAGAGGCUCCGCUCCAUCAUCUUCUGUUCCGUUUCGGGAUACGGAGUGAUCCCUACCCUUCACUGGGUUUGGCUCAAUGGAGGAAUCGGUGCUCCUAUUGUACAGGACUUUGCACCCCGUGUAAUUGUGAUGUAUGUGAUUGCUCUUCUUGCUUUCCUAUUCUACAUUUCCAAAGUUCCAGAACGAUACUUUCCAGGACAACUAAACUACCUCGGAUCAAGCCACCAGAUAUGGCAUAUCCUUGCAGUAGUGAUGUUAUAUUGGUGGCAUCAGUCAACAGUGUAUGUCAUGCAGUACAGGCAUAGCAAGCCUUGCCCUGACCAUGUUUCACAUUUGUGAAUUCAGGUAUGGCCGCCUGGUGUAUUCAGUCGUCAAGCAAUAUGUAAUGGGGAGUUGUAUACCCCACUAUUUCUAAGAUUCACAUUCAUUUUUCCUUUUUCCUCCUAUUUAAUAUAUCAUGAGUAAUACUUUAUAAAAAUGGAAAAAUAUACCUGGGGAUCUGUAAUAAUAACUGCUUUACGGCCCUUAAAACUACUAAUUUGCUGCUUGUACAGAAAGUGAAAAUUAGUUGACAUUUAUAAGAAACAUCUGAAUAACAAUGAAUGUGAAACCAGUGUAGAAACAGUAUUUGUUUUACUUAACACCAGCUUAAUUUCCUUAGGAAGGGCUUACCUCCAUUAUAAAAUGGAGUCAUCCUGUGUGAUUUCUUUAAUAGAAGAUACUUACAGUGGUUGUUCAAGUUGAAGUGCCUCAUCAAGGCCAGGGUUGCCAUAGCCUAUGCUUAACACAGCCAGAAGAGUGGUUUUGAAUCAUCACUAGCCUUUAAAUACAUGGUCUGCGAGAAACUGGCAUGUAAGACAGGAUUUCCUUUAGCUAUAGGCUCUCUUCUCCUUAGGAACAUUGGAUUUUUUAGUUUGCUAGAACAAAAACUUUAAACCUUUCCUCCUUUAAGUUGAGAGAGGCAUUAAGAGGAAAAGAACUUGCAUUGUCAUUUCCCAUCAGAUAAGAAGCGCAUUAAAAACUGAUUAUAUGACCAGGCAACCAAUUCUGUGGUCUAAUAACCAAGGCAUUCACAUUUAAGCUUUUUAAAUUCAAAGAAUAUUACUUAGUUCCGUAUAAUAAUUGCACUCUUGCCAGUGGAUUACAGAUUUUUGGUUCAAAAAUUCCUGUAGCAAAAUAGAGUUUCACCUCUCUGAAUUUGCAGUCCUAAAUUUCUUGAUCGAUGGGGGUUCCCAGUUAAAUGGGUGCUACUUACUUUCAAGGCCACAGAGUCCAGAUGGCCCAGGGUUGACCCCAAAAUGAACCUUAAGCCUUAGAACAAAGUCAUGCAGAUGCCCCAACUGAUGACAGGAUUAUUCCCUUGUACUCUAGUCUUUCCCUGUUUUAUGCAUGUGUUAGCAUUUUAUUGACAACUCAGAGUAUUGAUACACACUAUCUAGUAUUUGGGCCUGAAACAUUAUUCUUUAUUGUAUAUACCUAAGAAAUAGGUCUCACUGCCCUAGCAUACAACGCUCUUCUUGUUCGUGGUCUUUUCAUAUGUAUAAAUUAAAUCCCUUUUGAAGCAGUCAUUCACAAAAACAUGUUCAUUGGAAUAUAUAAAAUAUCCAAAUUUCUUAGUGGAAUAAUAUAUAAAAUAUUAUCCAAAUUUCUUCAGAACAUUGGAAUUCCUAAAUAUCAGAAGUGUUGAUUAAUGGCAAAGCUUAUUUCCACAUUGCCAUUUAUACAUCUCAUAUUAGAAAUUUAAUGUGCCUCCAUUUAUGCAUCUGUAAAAUUUUGUUUCUUUUCAGUAUAGUGUUUUUGGAAUAUAAAUUCCC